GCAGCAGGAGCAAUUCGUCCUCUAGUUUCUACUGUUAUUGCCUCUACUGCAGAUGGCUGUUUAGACCACUCAUUGGAACGUGCUAGGUACAGAGCGAGUGAAAUGCCUCAGGCUUUCUUGUUUGAUAUUAUUUAUGAAGCAUACCAACAGUGUACAGACUAUGACCUGGAUUAUGGAACUGAAUGCUUGCAUCUUGCUCUGAAAUAUUGUAAAACAAAUGCCAAACUUGUUGAAGGAACAGCUGACCUCUGGAAGGUGACCUACAAGCGGGAUCUGUAUGCAGCUGAAUCGAUUAUUAAGGACAACCUAUCACAACAAGUUUGUGUUAUUACUGAUGUGAAGCAAGCUAUUGCACAAGUAGGUUUUCUCCUUCAUGAAUCUCUGAAAAGCCAAAUAAAAGUUGAAGCUAUAUCAACAUCUCUAAGCAAAAAUGAUAGCCAUCUACAAAACAUCUUUUCAGGACAGUGCUACAAUUUUGUUUGUGUAAAUGAUAAAAAGUAUACCCUUCAAGAAUCCCAGCAACUAGUGGAUAUGUUGGAAAAAUCAAAUAUUCCUCUCUUAUAUCCAGUUGUCCUUAUUUUGGUGCACUUAGAUAUUUCAGAAAAUAUUUCUUUCAGCAUUGAGAUGGAAGAAUUAACUAGGAUCAAGAAAUUUGCAAGGGAAGUGAAAAAGAAAAAUGUUUUGGUUUAUGGUCUCCUUAUCCAGUAUAAG